AUGCAGCAACAACAAACACAGAUGCAGAUUCCAAAGCUCUCGCAAAACAUCACCUUACGCGGGAGCACGGAAAUCGUGACUGAAUUUUUCGGCUACGCGGUCAAUUCCAUCUUAUACCAGCGAGGUUUAUACCCACCGUCCACGUUCGAGGUGAAGAAAAAAUACGGUUUAGGCAUGCUCGUGAGUUCGGACGAGGAGAUUAAAAACUAUCUGGUGUCGGUUUUAGAUCAAAUCAACGAGUGGCUGAUCGAGAAGAAAUUGGAGAAGUUAGUUUUGGUGAUCAGUUCGGUGAGAACGAGAGAGACCGUGGAGAGAUGGGUGUUUGAUAUAGAAACGGAUUCGGAGAUUGGAUUGGAAGAAAACGAGGAAAACGUGAAACCAACAGAAGGAGGAAAAGGAGGAGAAAAGAACAAAAAAUACGAAAAAUCGAAACAGGACAUCACGAACGAAAUAGCGGCGAUUAUGCGUCAAAUAGCGGCAUCGGUGACGUUCUUACCGUUACUGGAAGAUGAGUGUUCGUUUGAUUUGAUCGUGUACACGAAUAAGGAUUCAGAGACGCCGCAAGAGUGGGAGGAGAGCGACCCGAGAUUUAUCCGCAACGCCGAGACCGUCAAGUUACGAAGCUUCUCGACGAAAGUGCAUUCGGUGGAGGCUGCGGUGGCGUACAAAGCGGAGAGCCCUUUGAAUGUGUAA